AGAAAAAGGUUGCACAAAAAACUCAAAAGGAUUCAGAAAUGCUACCACAAGUAUUAGCUAUUCCUGCAGCAAUGCUCCUUGUGAUAUUCACAUUCAUCAUUCUAACACCAUUUGUGUUGAAUCCAGCUAAUGGGAGUAGCAAAAAACUCCCACCAGGUCCAAAACCUUUACCAAUUAUUGGUAACCUUCACAUCUUAGGAAAACUCCCACAUCGCACCCUUGAGACCCUUGCCACUAAAUAUGGACCCAUAAUGUCCCUAAAGUUAGGACAAGUCCCUGUGGUUGUGGUUUCUUCUCCAGAAAUUGCUAAGCUCAUUCUGAAAACUCAUGACUUGGUUUUCGCAAACCGGCCUAAGGUUCAGGUAGUAGAAACUCUUUCUUAUGGCCGAAAGGGAUUGGUGUUUACGGAGUAUGGUGGUUAUUGGCGCAACGUGAGGAAGUUGUGCAGCUUGCAACUUCUAAGUGCAUCAAAGGUUGAGAUGUUUGGUCCUUUGAGGAAGAAGGAGUUGGGAAUGUUGGUGAAUACACUUAAGAAGGCUUCGGAUUCAUGUGAGGUUGUGGAUCUUAGUCAAUUGAUUGGGGAGUUUGCUGAAAAUAUCACUUUUAACAUGAUAUUGGGUCGUAGCAAGGAUAAUCGGUUUGACCUCAAGGGCCUCAUUCAUGAGAUUAUGUUCUUGGUUGGUGCCUUCAAUCUUGCAGAUUAUGUGCCUAUCUUAGGUACGUUUGAUCUUCAGGGAUUAAAGAGAAGAACAAAGAAAGCAAGCAAGGCCAUUGAUGAAGCAUUAGAGCACAUCAUCAAUGAUCACGAUCACCCAUCAUCAGCUGAAUUUCCACAGGAUAACAAGGAUUUUAUAGACAUAUUACUCAGCUACAUAAAUCAACCAAUGGACCCACAUGAUCAUGAACAAAGACAUGUAGUUGGGAGAACCAAUAUAAAGGCUAUCAUAUUAGACUUAAUUGCUGGAUCAUACGACACUUCUUCAAUAGCAAUUGAAUGGGCUAUGUCAGAGCUUUUAAAAAAUUCAAGAAUAAUGAAGAAACUUCAAAACGAGAUUGAAGGCCUUGUGGGAAUGAAUAGACAAGUGGAAGAAAAUGACUUGAAAAAAUUGCCUUACCUUGACAUGGUUGUAAAGGAGAUAUUACGAUUAUAUCCUGUUGGACCAUUUCUUGUGCCACACGAGUCUACAGAAGAUGUUACUAUAAAUGGUUAUUUUAUAGAGAAAAAUACACGAAUUAUGGUGAAUGCAUGGGCAAUAGGGAGAGAUCCAAGAGUUUGGUUAGAAAAUAAUGACAUGUUUUUUCCUGAAAGAUUUGAGAACAACGAUGUAGAUUUUAAAGGGCAUGAUUUUAGACUCAUACCAUUUGGGUCAGGUCGUAGAGGGUGUCCUGGGAUGAAUAUGGGUUUAACUACCACUAAGAUUACUAUAGCACAAUUAGUGCAUUGUUUUAGUUGGGAACUUCCAUUGGGUAUGACUCCAGAGAAUUUAGAUAUGACUGAAGAAUUUAGACUCUCUAUACCAAGAAGUAAGCAUUUAUUAUGUAGGCCAACUUAUCGCCUACUUAUUCCACCACCUGGCCCCAAGGCAUUGCCACUCAUCGGUAACCUCCACAUGUUAGGAACACAACCACACCGCAGCCUCCAAGCCCUCGCCGAAAAAUACGGACCCAUAAUGUUCUUGAAGCUAGGGCAAGUUCCAACUGUAGUUGUUUCUUCUCCGGAAGCUGCUAAGCUAUUCCUCAAGACUCAUGACCUAGAUUUUGCAAACAGGUCUAAAUUUCAGGCCGUGGAGAUGUUUUUCAAUGGCGGAAAGGGCAUUGGGAUGGCACAGUACGGUUGGUAUUGGCGGCACAUGAAGAAGUUAUGCAUAUUGCAACUUUUAAGUGGAUCAAAGGUUGAGAUGUAUGGUCCUUUAAGGAGGAAGGAGUUGGAAAUGUUGGUGAAGUCUCUAUGCAAUGCUUCUGCGUCAGGUGAGGUUGUGAAUCUUAGUAUGAUGCUGAAGGAGCUUUCUGAGAAUAUUACAUUCAAGAUGGUGUUGGGUCGAAGGGAUGACAAUAAUAGGUUCAACUUAAAGGCCCUUGUUGACUUAGUCAGCUUGGCUGGAGCUUUCAAUAUUGCAGAUUACGUGCCUAUCCUUGGCAUCUUUGAUUUUCAGGGAAUAAGAAAGAAAGUAAAUAAAUUAAGAAAAUCAAUUGACGAUACAUUGGAGUAUAUUAUUGAAGAUCAUCAAAAUACCAACUACGAUGAUGAUAAUAAUAGUCCACAGAAAAAGGAUUUUGUUGACAUAUUGCUAUCAUGUUUGGAUCAACCCAUGGAUCCUGAUGAAGAACACGAACAUGUUGUAACAAGAAAUGACAUCAAGGCUAUUAUAAUGGACAUGAUUGGUGCAACAUAUGAAUCAUCAGCUUCGGCAAUUGAAUGGGUUAUGUCAGAGCUACUAAAGAAUCCUAGUGUGAUGAAGAAACUUCAACACGAGAUACAACAUGUAGUUGGAGGAAUUAAUAAACAAGUUGAAGAGAGUGAAAUAGAGAAUAUGCCUUAUUUGGAUAUGGUUGUGAAAGAGACCUUAAGAUUAUACCCAGUUGCACCUUUGCUAUUGCCUCAUGAAUCUCGAAACGACGUCGUUGUUGAUGGUUAUUAUAAAGAAAAUACAAGAAUCAUAAUAAACGCAUGGGCAAUUGGAAGGGAUCCAAGAGUUUGGUCAGAAAAUGCAGAGAAGUUCUAUCCAGAGAGAUUUGAACAUGAUAAUGUAGACAUUCAUGGACGUGACUUUAGAUUCAUACCAUUUGGUUCUGGUCGAAGAGGGUGCCCUGGAGCACAAUUGGGAUUUGCAACUAUCAAGUUUGUUGUGGCUCAGUUGGUGCAUUGCUUUAACUGGGAGCUUCCGGUUGGCAUGUCUUGUGAUGAAUUAGACAUGAAUGAAACAUUUGGCAUCACUAUACCAAGAACUACACACUUGCUAGCUAUUCCAACUUUUAGGCUAACAGCUGAAGCUGCUAGUAACAAAGAAUAA